CCUGCGCUGGGAAAGGCGGAGCCUGCAGCAGGUGAGGUUUUUCUGGCUGCUGUUCUCGCUCUUGCGAGGCUUUUACGCGUCUGCGGCUUUUACGCGUCUGCGGCUUUUACGCGCCUGCGGCUCGGAUGCAAACAGGUCAUUUAAAGCACUCGGACAGAAGAAACUCAACGAGUCUGGGUGCAGCAGUUCCUGUUCUGUGGGAGAGGUUAAGUUGAACAGCCGGUCGCACCACUGAUCACUCACCCUUUCCAGACGGAUUUACAUUUGCCACUCUUCUUCUUGCCUUUUCCUCUUGAAGUGCAUCAUGAGAUACAUGGCUGUGUUGCUGGGCUUGAUGGUGGCAGCCACCGUGGGCCUACUGGGGCUCAUUCACUCAAGGAGGAGUAUGGAGCUCCAGCUGAACAAGGCCUCCUAUUUCGAGACCGUUAAGCACAGAGUGACCAAUGACGUGCUGAAGGAGUUAAAGUCCAGUAUUGUUGAGGCCAACAGUAGGCUGGACCAAACCAAGAAACAUGUUGAGGAACUUACAAAAAACGUCAAAGCAGCUCAGGAGGUGGCAGAUGGGAAAAAAGCUGAGCUGAACACAUGCAACGAUGAGCUGAAACAGAUUAAGGCUGGAACUGAUGCUAUAGAAGCAGAGAGAAACAAAAGUGAGACUGAGUUUCAGCAAAAGAAGGCCACUAUGAUGGAGCAGAUAAACAACCUCAAAAUAGAAGCUGAGAAACGCAGCAAAGUGUGUGACUACAUCAUCAAGACCUCCGUAGAGGGGAUGAAACUAUGUGGUAUUGUGCCUGUUCUACCAGCGGUGGAAAAACCAGAAGCUCCUAAAGCAGCCUAAAAUGAGGCAAAGGCAAGAGCUCCAAAGACACAUAUCAAGAGGUUGAAGCUUUGAGGUCAGAGAGGAUAAACGUGAACUAAAUCAUCAAGCUAAAAAGUGAAAACACAAGGCUUCUUUGAUUAUUUAUAUCAAAAGAAAAACAUAUGCAGUCAUACCUAUGUAUGUAGAAAAUACAAAGUUAUACUUGUAUAGAUUUCUUUUCUUGGUGAAUCAUUAAAUGCAUUGAUGUGACUUCUGCUUUUAUUGUGUUUAGUCGAUGGCACAUUUCUGAUGUGUGAGCUUCUUUUUUUGUCAGUUCAGAAACCAAAUUUUUGUGUUUGGUGAACAUUCAGUUGCUGUGUUUGCAUUUUGUGUUUUAAGUUAUACAUCACAAUGAAAGGAUUAAUACCCAUUGUCAACAAUUACCUGUGAGGUCUUGUAUAGAAGUGUUGGAGAAAUCUGUCAUGCUAGAAUCUGGAAAUGGCCACUAUUAAUUAAUUCACAUACUGGCUGAUUUGACUUUAGAGAAAAGAUGAACACCAAUGUGGUUGCUCCAACUGGAAUUGCACUGAAUUGGUUUUGGGUGUUAUACAUGAUUCAUUACUUUCAAAAAUCACUUGCAACUAACAUUAGUCAAAUUCUCAGCUACUAGAACAACCAUCUUCACUUUCAUAUUUAGGUUUUUCCAUAUAUAUUCUGGAAUUUUUAAUACCAUCAUAAGUCUUAUGACUUAUAAAGUCAUAAGCUGUCAUAGGUCAUAAGGUCUUAUAAUGUCAUAAGGUCUUAUAAAUAUCUUUAGGAAUGCAUUGUGGCUGCCAAAUAUGGUUUGAGGAUCUUCUAAAAGGGUUCUAAGCUCAUAGAACAUUUGCCAAUUUCCAAAUAAGUCUGUGACAUAGCCCCAUUCGUAAAGUGUUCCUUCUCAAACCAGUCCCUGAAAUAACACACAGCUAUAGUGUAUUUAGUCAAAUAUCAGCCAAUACAAUUGUUACAGGGAACUAAAUUUAAUGUGCAGAAUCAAACCUUUUCUUCUUAUUAAAGGUCAUGUGGUACCUGUUUUUAACAUGUUUUCAAAAACUGAAAGCAUAACAACAAAUAUUCAUUUGGCCUCCACUUAAAAACAAAAUCAACAAAUUUAAGAACAAAUCAAAAAUGAUUUAAGUUUGCGUGCAGUAAUUGUGUGUUAUCUGUCUUCAGUCCUGGUAAUGACUCUAACCAAAUUUGUUUAAGCAAACAAAUAAGGGGAAGAGAAUAAAAAGGAGUAGGUUAAGACAUGCACCUGUCUUUUUAUUUCUUUGUCCCGCCAGUUUUUUAGUGUUUGCUUUUAUGGGUCAGUCCAUCUCAAGUGGGCCAAUAACUGUAAAGAUGGUUGCUUGACCAUUUUUAAUUUUACUUUUUUUUUUUGAGUGAUUACCUAUAUGUAUUGGCAUUGCAAAACCACCAUUUUUUUCACUUGGUUUAACCACGAAAGUCAUGGCACACAACAAAUUUUUGUUAUACAGCUGUUUACAGAAACCUCAGUAUUUCAGCUGAGGAUCAUCUUAGCUUCUUGGAACAAAAACUGAUCUCUGGAACACAUUACAAGGUACAUGUACAUAUAUAAACAUUUUGCACAUUCUUGUUCCUUAGACUUAGACCUUAGCUAACCAUGGUUUUCAGGAUUACUAGAAAAUUACAGGCAGGUGAGUCUGGAGGUUGGAGCUAAUCUCUGCAGAUUUGAAGAACCCUGUGAUAGAUCAUGCUUCACUAUUGCCAAUAUCAAAUGUAGUAACAUUUUAGACCUCACUGACAAGCAUAAGCUAUUGUAUGUCAGUCAUAAACAUAAUUACUGUAAAACACUGUUCAUUUUUAUUAUUUGCUGUGCUUAUAUUACAUCUGUUCAUUUCUCAAAAUGCAUGAAUAAAGUAGGCUUUUCCCCAGAUUUCUACUAGCCCUAACUCUGUAACCAGUGGAAUCUCAAACCCAAAAUUUUUACAGCAGAAUGCUAGAGGACUUAUUUCUGUGAAAACUUCAGGUUCGUAUCUGGUCCCCCACCAGAGAUAAUCAACUCGGAAGUGAGGGAAAUUAAAAAAAAAAUUGCACUUUCUCACCCCCAUAAAAAAAUAAGAGAA